UCCUCGGUGUGAGGCAGCUCUCAGCGGAUGGGAGUAGUGCCGCUCGCAGACAGGAGACAGGAUCCAUGGCAACAAUCAUGGCAGAGGCAGAGACUCGUCAGAGGCUGCUGCGCACCGUCAAGAAGGAGGUGAAGCAGAUUAUGGAGGAAGCUGUAACAAGGAAAUUUGUUCACGAAGACAGCAGCCAUAUUGUGUCCUUCUGUGCUGCAGUGGAGGCAUGCGUCCUCCAUGGGCUGAAACGGAGAGCAGCAGGCUUCCUGCGUAGCAACAAAAUAGCGGCACUCUUCAUGAAGGUGGGGAAGAACUUCGUCCCGGCGGAGGAUCUGUGCAGAAAGGCCCAGGAGCUGGAACAGGUCAUGGAGACAAAACGAAGUCAAAGCAUGCAAAGUCAAGACGGUUUACGCAAGAUGCCUCGACUGCCCAGCCUCAGCCCGCAGGGAGUCAAGAACCUGUGGAUCCGGACGGCUUUAUUUGAGAAAGUGCUGGACAAAAUUGUCCUCUACCUGGUGGAGAACAGCAGUAAAUAUUAUGAGAAAGAAGCUGUUCUAAUGGACAAUGUGGACGGACCUAUCCUUGCCUCUUUGUUAGUCGGACCUUGUGCUUUGGAGUACAGCAAGAUGAAGACAGCCGACCACUUCUGGACCGACCCCUCUGCUGACGAGCUGGUGCAAAGGCAUCGUAUCCACGGGGGCCACUGCCGACAGGAUUCUCCCACUAAGAGGCCCGCACUGUGUAUCCAGAAGCGGCACUCCAGCAGCAGCAUGGACGAACGCCCUUCCCCCUCACCAUCAGCUCGUGAAUAUGUGGAGUCGCUGCAUCAAAACAGCAGGGUGACCCUACUGUUUGGCAAAAACAAUGUGCUCGUACAACCGAGGGAUGACAUGGAGGCUAUCCCAGGUUACCUCUCUAUGCACCAGAAUGCUGACCUCAUGACCCUGAAGUGGACCCCCAACCAGCUGAUGAACGGCUCUGUUGGAGACCUGGACUACGAAUGCAGUGUAUACUGGGACUAUGCAAUGACCAUCCCUCUCGGGGAGAUAGUUUACUUGCACUGUCAUCAACAAGUUGACAGUGGGGGGACGGUGGUGCUGGUCAGUCAGGAUGGGAUCCAGAGACCUCCACUUCGCUUCCCAAGAGGAGGCCACUUGCUCCAGUUCCUCUCCUGCCUGGAGAACGGCCUGCUUCCCCACGGACAGCUGGACCCCCCGCUGUGGUCCCAGAGGGGAAAGGGGAAGGUGUUUCCGAAGCUGCGGAACAGGGUUCCUCAGGGAUCUGGAUCCUCAGACUCGGUCUCAGAUAAGGAGGAGGACGAGGCCACCGACUAUGUCUUCCGCAUCCUCUUUCCAAACAGCCACUCAGAGUUUGUGACUGUAACCCAUGCUCCCCAUCUGACUCCCUCCCUCUCGCUUCCACUGAGUGGGCCGUCCCCCUUCAAAACAGGCAUCCUGGUUGUCCCAAAGAGGUCCUGCAGCUGCCCUGAAGACCCCCCCACUCUCACAGGAAGCAGCUUGACUCCUCCAGACUUGGACCAGGGAGCUACAAUGUGGCAUCCCACCCUCAGGAAGUCGUCGUGUUCCUCUUGUUCUCAUGGCAGCUUCUCUGACGGAGCCACGCCUAAGGGGUGCAAUCAUGAGAGGGCUCCUCUGAAGAUGCUGUGCGACAACAUGAAGAAUCAGAUCAUCUCUCGGGCGUUUUAUGGCUGGUUGGCGUACUGCCGUCACCUGUCCACCGUGCGCACACACCUCUCUGCGCUCGUCAAUCACACCAUCGUGGCGCCCGAUGUGCCGUGCGAUGCCUACAAAGGGCUCACCACAGACGUUUGGCAGACGUUCCUCCAGGACUGCACAGCAUACGAGGAGAAGGACCUGCUCCGCCUGGUGUACUACGGCGGGGUGGAGGCCUCGCUGCGUAAAGAGGUGUGGCCUUUCCUGCUGGGUCAUUACCAGUUUGGAAUGUCAGAAGCUGAGAGGAAGGAGGUGGACGAGCAGGUGCGAGUGUGCUACCAGCAGACCAUGAGUGAGUGGCUCGGCUGUGAGGAGAUCGUCCGGCAGCGGGAGAAGGAGCAGCAUGCGGCGGCCAUAGCAAAGUGUUCCUCCGCAGUGAGCAUGGACUGUCCCAGUCAGAAGAUGAUGAGCCACCACAACUCCUCCGUCAGCAAUGAGUCCCAGUCCUCCCAGAGCUCAGACAGGCAGAGUCUGGCUCGCCUGCAGAGUGACUCCAGCAGCAGCACACAGUUCUUCACAUCCUCCCACCCCUUCCCCUGGAGUAGCCUGCUUCCCUUUGGCUUGUUCUUUCAGGUGUUUGAGUCCGUGGAGGAGGUUGACCCGAUCGAGACGGAGCCCAAGAGCGAAGAGGCCAAACAGGUGCCAAAGAUACCCAACGGGGCUCUGCAGAACGGGACGAACUCUCCUGACUCCGGACAUCCUUCUUCCCGCAACUUCUCCGUCACCUCCGGCCUGUCGGAUGGCUCCCUCACAGAGGACAGCGCUGCACCUGAUACUACCCCAAAACCUGCCGCUGUCCCUCAGGCGCCACAGAGCCCAGUCAAACCUGCAGACAGUGAAGGUCUCACAGAGGAGAAAGGUAGUGUGAAGAGCAACCAGGAGGAAGAGGAGAAGGAGAGAGGACAUGUGACCAGAACUGAAGAAAACAUCAAGACUGAGGAGCUGUCGAAUGCCAAGGAAGAGACAAGUCUGCAAGCCAAAACCCAAGAGACCGUUGAUGAGGCUGGAGAAAUUAGAGAGAUGCCAGAAAGUGAAGAUAAAGAUGCACUUAAAGGAAUUGAAGGGGAAACGGAGAAAGAAGGGCCCGAUACGAUGGUAUCACCAGCUGCUGCCAUCAAAUCUAAAGGAGAACUUGUUGAGCAAAAUCUGACUGAAGAAGCAGAAUUAAAUGCUGAGGGAGAGACAGAGAUUAAGAAUAUAGCAGAAACAGAUGUGGAAAAAACAAAGGAAAUGGAUAAAUCAAAGACGAGUAAACCACAAGAGUUUUUGUUGGAAGAAAAGAAAGAAAAUGUAUCUGUUCAUCCAGUGGAUCCCGUGGUUGAGAAGAACCUGAUUUUCCCAGCAGACUCGACAGUCAGAGAAGCCUACUUUUCCUCUCAGAAAGACGAGGCUCGGGUCAUGACUGAUUCUGACGAGUCGCCCUCCGCCAUAGAGAUGGAGGAAAUCCCUAAAGCCAACGUUUCCAUGGUGCCUUGGAGCAGGAAGGGGCGUUGUGAAGCAGCCCCCCACCUGGAGCCCGGCCAGGAGGACGAGCAGGGAAAGCUCACUGCAGAGGAGCCAGAGGGGGUGAACCUGUACCCUAACUUUGUCUCUCCGCCUGGACCUGGAGACCCUAAGAAUGAAGCGCCCGCCCAAGAGUCUGGGAGUCCCUUCACUCAAGAGCUUUUGGACUUGUAUACAUUAAAUCUGCACCGGAUUGAAAAGGAUGUCCAGCGCUGUGACCGAAACUAUUGGUACUUCACUCCCGCCAACCUGGAGAAACUGCGCAACAUCAUGUGCAGCUAUAUCUGGAGGCACCUGGACAUCGGCUACGUGCAGGGCAUGUGUGAUCUGCUGGCUCCACUUCUUGUCAUCCUGGAUGACGAGGCCAUGGCCUUCAGCUGUUUCACUGAGCUCAUGAAGAGAAUGAAUCAAAACUUCCCUCACGGAGGAGCUAUGGAUACCCACUUUGCCAACAUGCGCUCUCUUAUUCAGAUCCUGGAUUCUGAGAUGUUUGAGCUAAUGCACCAGAACGGAGACUAUACCCACUUCUACUUCUGCUACCGCUGGUUUCUCCUAGACUUCAAGCGAGAGCUGGUGUACGAUGACGUGUUUGCAGUGUGGGAAACUAUCUGGGCCGCCAAGUAUGCCUCUUCUAGCCACUUUGUGCUUUUCAUUGCCCUGGCCCUGGUGGAGAUCUACAGGGACAUCAUCCUGGAGAACAACAUGGACUUC